AUGACAAAACAAGGUAUUUCUUUCAUUGAUAUUAUUGGAUAUAAUCAAAUUAUAAAAAGAAGCUGAAAACAAAACUUCUUUUGUUGAGAAAUAAACAUUUUUUGACUCGGUGCGUCUGAUUAUUAAAUGGAUGACUUAUAAAAUACAGGACAAUACUAAAGGCCGUCAAUAAUACCAAGUCUAGCAUUGUUAUUUUAAUCACUGAUUUAUACAUUUGUUUCCGUAGAAUACCCUGCUGCUUUACAGAGGAGACUUGUAAUCUGUUACAUAGAAUUAUCACUUUUCUGUCUCACUAUUUUUGAUGUACUGAAAUAAUUACUUAUAAAAACAAGAGAAUUAUUAUUUUUCAAUCUCCAGGAUUUGUUUUGUUUUCGUAGUGCUUAUGGAUUGUUAAUUUUCUGUUGUGCUCAAAGAAAGAAUGUACGUUAUGGAAAAGAAAGGGGAACAGAAUGGGACUCAGUUUCUCUCGGUUGGAAACGGAAGUGUUAAAUCUAAAGACAUCGAAGCGCGUGCUUCCUUGACAAAAUCAACUUCCGGUCUGAGCAGCCUUAAGCAGAAGGAAACGAUUGUGUCUAUUUCCGGUGGGGAUAAAGGAUGUUAUUUUACCAGAGUACAAGUCGGUGUGUUUGUAUUUGCUUUAUUGUUGACACUAAGCGCCGUCGUGGUCCUUGUCGUUUGCUUCUCCGACUCGAACCGACAUUUCCACCGGCUGAACACACCUAUUGAAAAUGUGUGCAAGUGUGGAGCAACGGACCGUGUCAGUUACGUCACACAUCCAGAAAAUACAAUCUCGUUGCAUACGGCUCUUUCUUUUCGAAGUACUAGUGAACCUUUUACAUUUUCUGACCAACCGGAAAUAGGCAUUCGUCUGCCUGGUGACGUCAUACCUGUACACUAUGACAUAGACCUUGACGUCAAUAUAGAGAACGAGAACUAUACCGGAAGUGUUAAGAUUUUGACAAAUGUUAUCAAAAAUACGAAUUUGCUUAUUCUGCAUGUGAAACCCUUUGUUUUAACAGUGUCAGAAGAUGAAAUUUUUAUUUACCCUGUGAAAAAAGGUGAAACAAAUGACACGGACAAUAAAAGUUUUAUACCCAUUGUUAGACAGUUUAUGGAUUUUGACAAAGAAAUACACGCGGUAGAAUUGAAAGAACCAAUGAGAAAAGAGCUCCAGUAUAUAAUAUAUGUAAGAAAAUUCCGAGGCCUUUUGAUGGCGGACUUAAAGGGGAUGUACCUGAGUUCUUAUAAAAACAAAGAUGGCGAAAAAAGAAACCUUAUAGCAUCCCAACUUCAAUCAACAGAUGCACGAAAAGUUUUCCCUUGUUUUGAUGAACCAUCCAUGAAAGCUACGUUCUCAGUGUCAAUCACACAUUCCUCGGAAUACACGGCCUUGUGUAAUAUGCCUGUACAGUCAGAGAAAUGUGUUGACGAUUGCGCGCGCACACGUGUUCAGUUCCAGACCACGCCCAUCAUGUCAACGUAUCUCCUCGCGUUUGUUGUGUCUGAUUUCGACUAUACGGAAACGAUCCUGGAAAAUAAUUACACGUUACGCAUUUGGUCACAACCGGAUCUUAUCAAUCAGACACACUACGCAUUAGAUUUUGCAACAAAAACCUACGCCUAUUUUACGGACUACUUUCAGAUGCCGGAUGUAGUUCCAAAAGCAGAUCACGUGGCUGUUCCUGAUUUCAGUGGAGGUGCGAUGGAGAACUGGGGUCUCGUGAUAUAUCGCGAGACUGCGUUAUUGUAUGACCCGGAAGUCAGCUCCAGUUCAAACAAGUACAUGGUUACUCUGAUCAUUGCGCAUGAAAUUGCGCAUACGUGGUUUGGUAACAUGGUAACUAUGAAAUGGUGGGACGACUUGUGGCUAAACGAAGGCUUCGCCAGCACGCUCAUGUAUUUUGCAAUGGAUAACGCUUAUCCGGAGUGGAACGUGCUUGACAUCGUCGUUGCCGAAGACAUGUUUCCGGUUAUGGUCAAGGACGCUCUUGUGACGUCACAUCCGGUUUCACCAAAUAUAAACCACCCGGAUGAAAUCGCCGAAUCGUUUGAUCAAAUAUCAUACAAUAAGGGGAUGGCGCUGUUACGAAUGCUGGAAACAUUUUUAGGAAAACAAGGAUUUCGUAAAGGUCUUCAGUCAUACGUAAUGAAAUACAAAUUUGCCAAUGCGGAAAUGUCGGAAUUGUGGGAAACAUUCACGGAGGCCGCUAAUAGUUCAUUGAAAAUCGGCGAGAUAAUGGACACGUGGACUAGACAGAUGGGCUAUCCUGUCAUAAAUAUAAUAUCAGACGGUGAUCACUAUAUUCUCAACCAGACAAGAUUCCUCAUAAACACACAGACGGACAAACAUGACAUCAUAGAAUCCGAUUACGGAUAUAGAUGGUACGUCCCGUUCACAUACAUGACACAGGAGGAUACUGAACCUAAACUUCAGUGGCUUAAAAUGGGUCCAGGACUGAUAAAGAAAUCAUCUGACGGUUGGAUUUUAGGAAAUAUAAAUUACGGUGGAUUUUAUCGUGUGAAUUAUGAGCUGGAAAUGUGGCAGCGGCUUUCUGAACAACUGAAUAUAAAUCAUAGGGUAAUUAGUCCUCCAAAUAGGGCGGGGCUUAUCGGAGAUGCUUUUAAUCUUGCAAGAGCAUCACUACUGGACUAUGGACUGGCUUUAAAACUGACCACUUACCUACGUCACGAGGAAAAUUAUGUGCCAUGGAAAGCUUUCUUCGAUUGUAUAGAGUUUAUACGUGGAAUGUUGUCUAAAGAGAGUGCCUACGUGGCUCUCGAGAAAUAUAUUGCAGAACUUAUUGCACCAGUGUUUGACAAAAUAGGUAUAAAUGAUAAAGGAACUCUCCCAGAGAUGUACUUACGAAGAUUGUUAUUAAAGACCGGAUGUGACUCGGGUGUUAAGGCGGCUAUAAAAUAUGCUAAAGACCAGUUCCAGGCCUGGAUGACAAACGGAACCAGACUUCCGACAGAUUUCUCACAAGUUAUUUACGCCGUCGGCGUAAGAGAAGGGAGUGUAGAUGAAUGGGAUCAUGUCUGGAUAAAAUCUCAACAAACAAAUUCGCCGUCGGAACGAGAAAUGUUGCUGGAGGCUCUAGCACAUACACAAAAACCAUGGCUUCUUUGGAGGUAUGCUAAUUGGAUAUUUGAUGUAGACAAGAUUAAGAUGCAAGAUGUCCGAUUGGUGAUGAGUUACUUCUCUAACACGCCUCUAGGAAGAAUGAUAGCUUUACAUUUUCUGAUGACAAGAUGGGACGAUCUUAAUGAUAAGUUUGGGGAUGAUACAUUUAUAAUUCGAGAAAUGAUAGGGGAGGUAACUUCGUAUGUUAACAGUGAAUUUCAGCUUAACCAGCUGGAGCAGUUAUUUAAGAUGAAGCCCCCAAAAGGUGCGAAAAAAGGUGCCGAUAGCGCCCUGGCUCUAAUAAGGGCAAACAUUGGAUGGAUGGAAAAGAAUUACAAAUCUAUCGAAUCUUGGUUAAACGCCAAUGUGGAGAGUAGUUUUUAAAUUGUAAAAUUCAGAUAUUUUUAAACUCUAUAUCUAAAUAUUCAGACAUUUUUUAUUUGAUAUAUUAUUGUCUGUGAAAUUGUUGAAUUUUGUGUGACUAUUAUAGAGUAUUUUUGUGACGACACAGUUGGUUUAUUGGUUGUCACUCACAUCUUGUCACAUGUUAAAGUACGGAAGACUGGUAGGGACAUGCUAACUUCUAGAAUUCAUCAAUUACUAGUAAAUUUAACGAAUGAAUUCAAGAUUUCAAAAUGUUGAAUCCCUGAAUUCACUUUGUCAACUUCAUUAAUUCACGAUUUCACCUUCGCGAAUUCACGAUUUAAACUUCAUUAAUUAAAAUUCAUGAAUUGACAUUUUGAACUUUAUCAUGAUAACUACAUGAACUCACGAUUUUAAAUUUAUGAAUUUUAAUUUUUUUGCAUACACGCUUUCAGCUUAACGAAUUUCU